CCCCAAAUGCCCCCCCAUUGCCUGGAUCCCAGCGAAGAGACCCCAUCCCGCGCUGGCGCAUGGCCCGGCCGCUGGGCACCCAUCCUGCACCCCCCAGGACGUCUGCGGGGCCGUGGGGUGCAGGAUCCUGGCCUGCCACCUGCAGCGGGGGCUCCCCGGGCCCCCCACUCGAGGCCAGGGCCCGGCCGUGCAGCCGCCCGCCAUCCUCAAAUCCACUCGCCAUCGUCUCCUCCGGCAAACAAAAGCGCUCGGCGAGCCCACCACGCUCCUGCUCUGCCUCCCUGCACCCAGCACCCCGCUGCACCCCGUGCCCUUCCCAAAACGGGCGGCAGCUGGGGCGGUCUAGAGGCGAGCGUGUUUAUCUCCUGCCUGCAAAGCUGUGGGCACCAGCGUGGUUAAACUGUUUUGGUUUUGGUUCAGCAGGGGCCGAACAACAGAGCCGCGCAGCUCUCGCGCGGCAGGAGAUAAGGCUGGAAGCGCAUUUCUUCCCGCGAGUAAUUAACUGGUUGUGGGCAAUAAUUUGUUAGCCCGACUAGGCCUGUUUCUCUUCCUCGCCGCGUGUUUUUUAGCUUAGGAGGAGCAAAGCGCGGGGCUGGAAGCCAUCUGUAAGCCUUAUUUAGCAGGGCAGUGCUUGGUGCACGGCUGCACAAACAGCCCCUGGCUCAGGCGCGCGCUGGGCUCUGUCCAGGCUUUUUCCCAACGCUGCAGAUACUCCCAGUGUAUUUUCUUCAAGGCAGCUUGGGUACGAUUCCCGCUCCUGCCCGCAGUGAGACUCUCACACAGAUUCCUCUCCGCGUCUAACUCUGUUUUCCCUGGCCUUGAUGGAGAAAUCUUCCCGCUUCGGGCUGCGUGGGAGUGUCCCUGCCCAGCCGCCCGCCCCGCCGCGCUUCGCCCGGACCUCUCCUUGCGUCGCUUCCUCGCUCCUCAGCCCCCAGUUUUAAGGGUUGUUUUCCUGCUGCUGUUGUCGCCUGCACAAUGCCGUGCUUCGGGCUGGCUGCUGGGAAAGCAGAGAUACUGGAUGGUGUUGGCUUCCGAUUCCAAAGCGAAGCAGAGCUGGAUGUCACCUGCUGGUUCGUGGUAACUGCACCCGGAGCGGUUCCCUUCCUAAUCGGAUGCUUUUGUGGUGGUGGUUCAGCGGGGAUGGCGCUAGAGAGCUUUGUGGAGCUCCCUGGAAAGGUUUCCAGAUCCGAUGAAGAUCCAUGAAAGAUAAAAAUAGCAAAUUUCCCCUUUACAAGCAAAAAAAGGACAAUGAAGUUGGGUCUGGAUUUGCCGUGGGUCGCCAACAGGUGAUCAGAUUGGAGUAACUUGGCACUUAGGGGUCAUCAAGUCUGUCUGAGCUCCAUGUGUUGCUGAAGAAGAUAAAUAAUGUCAGCAUCCUGCUGCUCCACCCAGCCUGAAGACUGAACAAAGCGGAAUCGAAUCCCUCUCUGCAGAUGAGCAAGUGCAAAAAUGCCAGGAGAAGAGCUAGUCUUGCACUGAAAAUUCAGUAGAUGGCUGCCGAAUCUCCGUGCAUCCAAGCCGGAGCACUCGACUUGGAGGCCUCCUGCGAGGAAGGAGCAGGCUGUGCCGAGGGCUGUGCCGAGGGCUGUGCCGAGGAGCUCCCAGCAGGAGAGAAUGGUUCCGAAAGCAGCUCCAGCAGUAGCUCAGAAGAUGACUCAGAUACUGAGGAGUCUGAUACAAGACGGUCAGAUGAAGAGCAAGAAAAGAAAGAAUCACAGCCAGACCGCAAUGAAUCUGGUGCUGAUUUUCCUGUUUUCUCCCUAGGAGUGAACUGUCUGCCCCACUGUGAGCAUUGCAGAAAUGAAAAUGCCCAGAGGGAGCAGGUGACCCCUAGGAGACUUGCUGGAGGACAAUAUUUGCUGAAGCUGGACGCGGACGGCACGUACCAGUGCAGCGUCACGGGCCUGAUUUUUGAGGUGACCGAGGCAGUCACCAUCAGCUACUCCCUGCUGUCCUGGAGCAAGUACGCCGGGCUGGUGAAGCCACCGUGGGUGGUGGGCGGCCCCCUCUUCGACGUGCAUUGCAAGGCGGCCUCCGCCCUCACCUCCAUCGCCUUCCCCCACUCCCUGUGCCUUGGCGAUGGUGACUCCCAUCCGGCCUUCAAGGUGCUGCACAUCAAGGGCGCGGGCGCAGCCAUCGAACCGUCCAUGGACUACUCGGCCUCGCACGUGCGGUGGCUGGUCAGCUCACUGUCGCCCGUCGGGCCGCUCAUCCGCAGCGAGGAGCCCCUGCUCUACCACGGCGCUGUUGUCCUGUACAAGGCUGUCGACAGCGACCCCUCCUUGCUGUUCCGGGUCUAUGUGGCCACGAACAACGAAUCCUUUAUCAAGGAUAUAGCAAAAGCAGUAAAACAUUCAAAAAAGAAGUUCAUUAAAAUCGACAAGCCCCCUGUGUGCCAAAAAUUACUACAGAAAGGAAAGAGAUACAGAUUACUCUGUGAACCAGAAGCUGAAGUAACUCCGGAGGAAAUUGAAUUUGUUGAUGGAUCUCUUUUGAAACUAAAAAGUUACAUUGAAGUCUAUUUGGAGAAACAUGAAGACUUCACCUUGUCUUUGAUUGAACUGGAGUCUGAAGCAGUUGUAUGGAAAGCAAAGCUAAGAGAAAGUGACUGGAUACAUUAUGAUCAGAACAAAAAUGAGCUAAAACGAAAUGCAGUCAGCAUCAAAAGACGGAAAUCAACCAACAGCUUUUCCGAAGAAGAGACACACCGUGGCAAAAAGCAAAGGUCUAACAGUACUACAGAUGGAAUUAAAACAAUGAACUUACUAACCGAUCAACAGCUGAUGGCGAUCGCAAAGUUGUUUGGUGCAGAGUGGAAAGAAGUCGCCAUUGAAUGCCUUCAGAUGGAAAUGAAAGACAUUCAGCAGAUUCAGGCGAAGGAACAGGAAGUCAAUAUGCAAAAAUUUCUGCUGUUAAGCAAGUGGAGAGAAAGAGAGCAAAGCAACGGAACCGCACAAAAUUUGUACAACAGACUCAGCGAAAAAGUAUCAUACGAUAUAGUACAAUUACUAGAAGGCUUUAUGGCUCAGUGAUGAGUUCAAGAAGAAGCUGAUAAAAAGCUCGGGAACUUUCCCCAUCCAAAUGGUUAAACUUCUCCAGCUGUUUCCCUGGCAUUUCACUGUGACUCAGUAAUGAAGAUGCAAGUCAUAAUCAGUCAGUGGAAAGUUUAGACAGUCUAUGAAAGAAAUGUGAAUGAAAUUUUGCACUGAUGUAAGUGCAAGAAGUGUUUUCAGGAGUGAUUACUCAUGUGGCUUUUUCAGGAGUAAUUACUCAUGCGCUUGGAUGCCGGUCAUCGCAGCCGUCGAGUCAGGAUGGAAGUGCCAGGCUUCACGUGCCCCAAAUUUGCUACAGAAUUUUGUCUUGUUUGAGCCAGUCCUAAAAGACAAUGAACACUAGGAGAAAUUGGUUUACCUUUAUUGGGUAUAUGACUAUUACCUUGAAACAUUUUUUUUACAUCAGGGAAAGACAGGGAGAAGAGUUGUGCAGCAACUUUCAUCCCCCUAAAAAAUAAUGGAACUGUCAAAAUCAUGAGGUAAGUUACAUUUCAUACAGAUGCUUACGAUCAGGGAAGAAUACUCUUAAAUUUGCAGACAAAGUUGUUUGCAUAAUUGCUGUAUAUAUGUAGCCACUGUAUAUAUUCGUGCAUGCUCAGCCUUUGUUGGGCUGUGGUUCUGUUUUCUAAAAAAAAAAAAAAAAAGACCAUUUUCAGAGUAGCACUACUACUAACCACAGGCAGCUUUGAAUUUUCUGUGGGAUUUUCUUGUUCACUCUUGUCUUGUAUAGUCUGUCUCAAUUUUUAUAUUUUUUGUUGUGUAUUUUUUUGUAUUAUGAACUUUUUAUACAUUUUUUUACAUGAACAAUUUUAACUUGAAUAGAAUGAGGUGCUUAAACUGAAAUAGAAAAAAAAAAAAGAAUAAAAAAAACCACCUCAUAUUUUGAGUUUUAGAAAACUCAACUUGGAAAACUCAGGUUUUCCAAGAAGAGUGUUACUCUGUGGGCAAUACCUGUAGUAUUGUAAGUAGUACAGUAGUAAGAGAUCUGAAAAUAAUGUCAUUUGCAGAAGAGAGCAGCUACCUGAUUGUCUUAUUUUUAAAGACACGCAAUUCUAUGGAUCAUCUUCCCCUGUGUAUGUUUAUGAAAGGAAAAGCAUACUUUUAAAAAUCAGGAUUAAAAAGGAAACAUUCACAC